AUGGAGACUCAUCCGUACACUUGCAAUACCUGCCAAGUGGCUUUCCGCAGCAGCGAUGCACAGAGAGGCCAUAUGCGGAGUGACUGGCAUCGAUACAACCUGAAGCGUCGAGUCGCGACUCUGCCCCCUAUAUCGUCCGAGGUCUUCACCGAUAAAGUGUUGAAUGCCCAGGCAUCCAACUCCGCUGCCGCUGCCAAAGCCACCUUUGAAAAGUCAUGUGCCGCAUGUCAGAAGACGUAUUAUAGCGAGAAUGCCUUCCAGAACCAUAUUGGGAGCCAGAAGCAUAGGCAAAGACAGGCCAUGUUACGUAAAGAUGAAGGGAAAGAUGAGACUGCGUCGGUAAUGAGUGGUACUUUUUCAAUGGGAGACCCGAUUAACGAACCAACAGCUGCAGCAGGUGAUGGUGAAGCCGAGCCUGGUGAGCAGGAAUUCUCAGAUAUUAUCAACGGAAUUAAGGGCACAAAAGUCGAUACACACGAUCCACUCCCUAUUCGACCCCGUCGCCCCAGCCAUCCCGCUGAAAAGGAACAAGGAGAGUCUACGCUAGCUAAUAAGGAUGGGAGCGAAGUCAAAAUCCCUCUUACGCAAUGCUUCUUCUGCAACUACAUCUCGCCCAACAUCAAACUCAACGCAUUGCACAUGGGUAAAUUCCAUGGCAUGUUUGUCCCUGAGCAAGAGUACCUCACCGACGGAAAAGGGCUUCUUGAAUACUUACAGGCAAAGAUCUACAAGAACGGCGAGUGUUUAUACUGCCAUAAGUUGAAGGCGACUCCAGAAGCCGUACAGACGCAUAUGAGAGAUAAGGGUCAUUGUAUGAUUGCUUUUGAGACCGAGGAAGAACAGAUCGAAAUUGGCCAGUUUUACGACUUUACAAGCACUUACUCUGAUGACGAGGAAGGGGUAGAGGAAGAAGGAGAGGGCAAAAACCCACAGGAAGAUGGAUGGGAGACGGACACCUCAGUUUCGUCACUCGACUCGGAUGAAAUCGGCGCUGAACCCAUCGAUGAUCGAUCACAUCAAUACUCCAAACUCUCCAAGCAUUCACACCAUUCAAACACAGAUCCCCGCAGACAUCGUAAUAUAGAUGGCUUCCAUUCCCAUGCACAUGUCCACGGCCACGCUGCAUUCGUACAUGACGGUGAGCUCCACCUGCCCACGGGCCGGACUGCCGGUCACCGGUCUAUGGCCAAAUACUUCCGCCAGAACUUGCACAACUACCCUACCCCUGAGGAACGCCUUACUCAGCAGCGUAUGAUCGAAGAUGCAGGCCCUGAUGCGGAAGAUGGAGCGAAUGGGCAGACGAGCAAUGCAAACAAAAACCGUGCGCUGAUGUCGAGGGCUAAUGGCGGGUUGGGCAUGAUCGGGGCCUCAGAGAGCCAGAAAAAGGAAGUCCGUGGAGCUGAGGUGAGGGAACGUAGACGAGCAGACAGGUCUCAACGGCAAUAUGAAUGGAAAAUCAAUAAGGGAGGCAAUAGUCAGAAACACUUCAGGGAUCCUCUUCUUCAGUGA